AUGUCGACCACCGCGACGCUGCAAAGCGUCUUUACCGUCGCCCAGCAGCAGCAGCAGCAACAGCAGCAGCAGCGGCAGACUAGCCGGGUGGACGAUGGUCACCAGACGUUCCAGCCCGUCAACUCAUCGUCCGCGCUCUCACACCCGCUCGCUCUUCCCAAGCUGUCCCAUCGCCUGGUAGAGACGCUUCGACGCUACGCACCGCUCGGCUUCACUGCGUUUGGUGGGCCUGGCGUGCACGUGGUCAUCCUGCGCAAGCUGUUUGUUGAGGAUGUAAAGUGGGUGGACCACACGUGUUUUACGGAUCUGUUUGCCCUGGGCAAUGCCCUACCCGGCCCCGGCUCCACCCAGCUGGCAUUCUCCAUCGCCGUCGUGCGCGGUGGCUCGUUGUGCGGUCUGCUGGCCUUCUUGCUGUGGAGGUGAGCGAGCGAGCGAGCGAGCGUGAUUGCGGUGGAUCAUUGGUGCCUCACGCCCGUUCAGACCGCAUGACUGACCCAGCUAGCGGCACCGCAACGCAACGCACCGCACCGCACGCACCCACGACGACCAUGCAGCUUGCCCGGAGCCAUUGGGAUGACGGCGUUGGCUGCUGGGGUGCGCAAUCUGCCAGAUCGAUUGCCCGCCAUCCUGCUGGCCUUUUUGACCGGCCUGAACGCAGCUGCAGUCGGUCUCAUCGCCUUGGCAGCUUGGCAGUUGGCUCAAACCGCCAUCACCAAUCUGCCGUCCAGGCUCAUUGUCUUGACGAGUGCAUCGGCCGGCAUCUGCUACCACGCGCCGUGGAUGUACCCCGUGCUGAUCGCUCUCGGCGGGCUGGCUAGUCUGGCAACGGACUACGCUCCCCGCGGCAUUCGAACCGCCCGACGCAAGUGGGCUAGCCGCAGGCCUCGUUGUCAAGACUCCAUCUCGGCCCCUGAUGCGUCGACCGCGGCCCAGGUCUCUGGAGCGGACAUGGAGCUGCAAGGCACGUCGCUGCACUCCAUUACGCAGACCUCCGCACCUCCCGAGCUGAGACAGCGUCAACGCAUCCACGGCGCUGAUCAUCCUCCUGCUCUGCGGUCUGAGAACAGCAGCGUUGGCACAGGCACAGGCACAGGCACAGGCACAGGCACUGGCACUGCACAAUGGUCAGGGACCGAUCCGCCGCCCUUGCGACCCAUCUUGGUGCCAAGCAAGAGGCUCGCAUUCAGCAUUGGAAGCGUCUUUGCGUGCUCCCUCAUCGUCGUGCUCGUGCUUCGCUCCCAGCUGCGAGAAAAAGGAGUCGACGGCGCUUCGGCUCCGCGCGAGCUCGAUUUGGUAGCCAACAUGGCUGUUGCUGGUUCCAUCAUCUUUGGCGGUGGACCUGUCGUCAUCCCUUUGCUUCGCGGCUACAUCGUGGAUCCCGGCUGGGUGACCUCACGUGACUUUCUCUUCGGUUUUGCCAUCCUGCAGGCGUUUCCCGGUCCCAACUUCAACAUUGCUGCCUACCUCGGCUUUCUUGCGGUCCCUUCCAGGCCCCUCUUGGGUGCAAUCCUGGCCUGGGCAGCCAUCUUCGCACCUGGCAUCAUGCUCAAGCUCGCUCUGCUCCCCCUGUACAAGAGCUGGCGCAGUCUGAAUCCUGUGCGCAGCUUGCUUCGCGGACUCAACGCUGCAGCUACAGGCCUCGUGUUCACAGCCGUCUGGCAGCUCUUUUUAGGUGAGCGUGCUCCUCCAUUCCGGCUACGGCGUGAGCCCAGUCUGCUGACACACACCCUUUGCACACCGAUCCAGUCGGCUACAUCUACCAGCCGGCUGCAGAGCCGGCCUCGCAAGGCGAUCCCGCUGCUACCAGCGCAUCUGCUCCCCUGACAUCAGAUCCGUGGUGGGGAGUGGUUGCCGCAUUUGCAUUCGUCCUCACGCAGUGGUGCAGUUGCCCGCCAGCCUUUUCAAUCUUGCUUGGUGGAGCCGCUGGUCUUGCGUGGCACGGCGUGCGUGCGACGUGA